AUGGGGGAUGUGGUGGACUGGACAGGGGAGAAGAGAGAGGCAGCCCCUCUCUCCAGGGAGGUUAAUGACGCCAGAAGCCUGAGGGUGCAGCUGCGGGUGCAGCACCUCUAUUACCACGACAAGCUGCUGCCGGUCAGCCGGAUCCUUACUCACCCCAAAUACUACACAUUUUGGAACGGGGCUGACAUCGCCCUGCUGAAGCUCAAGGACCCUGUGAACAUCUCCAGCCAUGUUAAGGUGGUCACCCUGCCCCCCGCCUCGGAGACCUUCCCCUCAGGGACCGUGUGCUGGGUGACAGGCUGGGGCGAUGUGGACAAUGGAGUACCUCUCCCACCACCAUUCCCCCUGAUGCAGGUGAAGGUCCCCAUUGUAGAAAACGGCAUUUGUGACACAAACUACCACACUGGCCUGUCCACGGGGGACAAUGUCCAGAUUGUCCGUGAUGACAUGAUGUGUGCAGGAAUCACGAACAAGGGUGUCUGCCAGGGCGACUCCGGAGGGCCCCUGGUCUGCAAGGUCAACAACACCUGGUUACAGGCAGGUGUGGUCAGCUGGGGCAAAAGGUGUGCCCAGCCCAACGGACCCGGCGUCUACACCCGAGUCACCUACUACCUGGAGUGGAUCCGUCAGUAUGUCCCGAAGAAACCCUGAGCCUGUCCCUAAGGCUGCCGCUGGCAUCUGUAGAGAAGCCAGGUCCCUCCUGUCCCCUCACCACUGCUUCCUGCCCAGGUGGUGAUCUUCCCAUCCUCCCUGUCCCCUGCCCUGUCCCCUGCCUCUCCAGCUCACACACUGAUCCUCAUUAAAGAGCAUAGAAUACA